AUGUCCGUGGUCGGGAUCGAUUUCGGGAACGCCACGAACGUGGUCGCUCUGGCGCGACGGAAGGGGAUCGACGUCGUGCUGAACGAUGAAUCGAAACGUGAAACGCCGUCGAUGGUGAACUUUGGAGAGAAACAGCGCUUCAUCGGGAGCGCGGCGGCUGAUAAGAUCAACAUGAAGCCGAGGAACACGGUGACGCAGGUGAAGCGACUCGUCGGACGGGCGUUCGACGACCCGGAGGUGCAACGGGAUCUGCGUGGGUUGUUUUAUCCGGUGAAAAAGGGUAAGAAUGGGGAGGUCCUGUGCGAGAUGGAAUACCUCGGGAAGAAGAAGGAGUUUACUCCGGAGCAGUGCGUGGCGUCCAUCUUGUCCGACCUCAAGCGCAUCGCCGAGAAGGACAACGGUACAAAGGUGACCGAUUGCGUCAUCUCCGUGCCCGUGUACGCGACGGACGCCCAUCGACGAGCGAUGCUCGACGCGGCAUCCAUGUGCGGAUUGAACGUAUUGCGAUUGCUUCACGAGACCACGGCGACGGCUCUUUCGUACGGCAUCUUCAAGACGGCUGAGUUCACGGAUGAGCCGGUCAACGUCGCGUUCGUGGACGUCGGACACAGCGCGAUGCAAGUGUGCAUCGCGCAGUUCACCAAGUCUGGGCUGAAGAUUCUUUCGACCGGCUUUGACCGAAACUUGGGCGGUCGCAACGUGGACGAAGUCCUCUUUGACCACUUCUGCGACGAGUUCAAGGAGACGAAGAAGAUUGACAUCCGCUCCAACCCGCGCGCUUGCCUUCGCCUCAAGACGGCUCUGGAGAAGAUGAAGCAAAUCCUCACCGCCAACCCGGAGGCGCCUCUUAACAUCGAGUGUCUCAUGGAUGACGUCGACGUGCACUCGAUGAUGUCUCGCGAGAAGAUGGAGGAACUUGCUGCCGACACCAUCAGCCGCUUGGUCACUCCUGUGGAAACCGCCGUCAAAGAGGCGGGACUCACCGUGGGCGACAUCGCGGCCGUCGAGCUCGUCGGUAACGCCUCUCGUAUGCCGUGUAUUUUGGGCCGCAUGCAAGAGCUUUUCGGCAAAAUGCCGAGCCGAACUCUCAACGCGUCUGAAUGCGUCGCACGUGGCUGCGCGCUCCAAGGUGCCAUGCUCUCGCCGCUCUUCCGUGUGCGAGAGUUCGAAGUUCAAGACUCGUUCCCUUUCCCGAUCAACGUGACCUGGGCGAGCGAUGACGGCUCGGACAAGAACAUGGAACUCUUCGAACGCAACAACUUGGUUCCCAGCACCAAGCUCAUGACGUUCUUCAAGAAUGAUAAGUUCACGAUUCAAGCCAACUACACUGACGAACAAGGUCUCCUGUCUCAAGGAACCGACACCAAGGUCGGUGCGUUCCAAAUUGGUCCGCUGCCAAAGAUCGCGAAAGGUGAAAAACACAAGCUCAAGGUCAAGGUGCGCCUCAACAUGAACAGCUUGGUCUCUGUCGAAUCGGCGCAAGUUGUGGAAGAGAUUGAAGAAGAGGUGGAAGCGUCGGCGACUGAAGAAGAAAUGAAGGACGCGCCGGCGCCGGCGGAUGGCGCGGACGGCAUGGAAACCGAUGCGAAGGAAGAAUCCAAGUCGGAAGAGAAGGAAAAGCCUGCCCCGAAGAAGAAGGUGAAAAAGACGGACGUGCCGGUGACGAGCGAAGUUGGCGGUUUGCCGCAAAAGGUUCUUGAAAAGUUCACUCAAGAGGAGUUCGACAUGGCCCUCCAAGACAAAAUCAUCGAGGAAACGAAGGAGCGUAAGAACGCCGUGGAAGAGUAUGUUUAUAGCAUGCGUAAUAAACUCUCUGAGCAGCUCGCCGAGUACGUCGACGAUGCCACUCGUGAGAGCUUUAGCGCUUUGUUGAACGCGACGGAGGACUGGCUGUACGAAGACGGCGAGGACGAGUCGAAGGGCGUGUACAUCAACAAGCUCGAAGAGUUGCAAGCGAUCGGCGCGCCGAUUGAACUUCGCGCCAAGGAAGAGUACGAGCGUCCGGGCGCGAUCGCCGCGCUCAACGAUUUGGCUCAGCGCUUCUUGUCCAUGGCUGGUGAUGAGGCGCACGCGCACAUUGACGCCGCUGACCUGGAGAACGUGUCGAAGGAGUGCAACGAAGCGCUCUCUUGGUUGAACGAGAAGGCAGCCUUGCAAGCGUCUACCGCGAAGACUCAACCGGCCGUGUUGCUGACGGCGGAUAUUGAAAAGAAGCGUACCACUUUGGAGCGUUUCGCUACGCCAAUCCUCAACAGACCGAAGCCCGCGCCGAAGGUGGAGACGCCUCCACAGGUUGCGGAACCGGAGCCGAUGGAGGAUGGCUCCGAGCCGACCGUCACCGAGGGCGAUGAAGGUGAGGAGACCAACGACCAAGCCAUGGACGACGCCGCGGACGCGCUCGAUUAG